AUUUCUAAAAUCAUUAAAAAAAAAAUGUAUUUAUAUUUAAACAGGUACAAUAUACAGUAACGUUUAGUGUUUUAUAUUUCGUGCAAGUGUUUUCAUUAAUCAUAUCCGAAAUGUCUAAUAUAUACUUUUUGGUUUUAGCUUCGGUGCUUUGUUAUGUACAAUGUCUGCCUCUGGAAUCGAGCAGCAAGUCAGUUUCAAAAGAUUCUCUUCAUCUGUUCGUGAACAACUCAACGAAAUCAACGAAUUACCACCUCACGUCAAUAAUGGAGGAGCUCGAAGACGUAGACGAGGAAAUCGCUAGAGAGUUGGAUUCUAUACUACCGUAUAUUAAUUUCCUGUUCGACACACUUCUGGGACGUUCUAGUGAUGAGGACGAUGAUGGUUGUGUGAAUGACGUUAUUAUUCAACUUGUACCAGAUAAGGAUUCCAUAACGGAGCAUCAAGAUAAAGCUACCGAACCUGCUGUUUCAACCGCAUAAUAAUUAUAAUAUUAUGCCUUAAAGAAUGUAAUGACGAUAAGUGCAAAACCUUCACAAUCAGAAAUUGAUAUUUUUAUAAAUAAUAACUUAUCAAUCAAUAUUUUAUUUUCUUAACAAAGUGAAAACUAUGGUAUAAAAUUUUUAAAUUGAAUAAAAAAUGACGAUAA